AGUGCGCCUGCGCACUCCGCCCUGUUGCCAUGGCGCUCACCGGCAUGGCGGCCUCCUUCCUCGGGCCGCUGCGUGCCCUUCGCGGCUCCCUGUCGCCCCGUCACCUGGCGGGGGCCGCCGUGCGCUUCGGCCGCUGCAGGUACCUGGCACCAGCCACCGGCUGCUGGGUGUUGCUCCACUCCAAGUGUUGAUGCCUGCACUAUCGCCAACAAUGGAAAAAGGGAACAUUGUAAAAUGGCUGAAAAAGGAAGGGGAGGCUGUACAUGCUGGUGACGCACUGUGUGAAAUUGAAACAGACAAGGCCGUUAUUACCUUUGACUCGAGCGAAGAUGGCAUUUUAGCAAAAAUCAUGGUGGAGGAAGGCACCAAAGAUGUAACAUUAGGAUCCUUGAUUGCUUUGCUGGUGGCUGAAGGUGAAGACUGGAAACAAGUUGAAAUUCCCACUCAAGUACAUCCUCCAAUGCCUGCCCAAACUGUAUCUGCACCACAGGAACCAGCAGCAGAUCUGACACCUAUCUCUAGCAAAGCGCAGCAUUCAGCUGGCAUAGGCGAAGUUCGUUUAAGUCCAGCUGCUCGUCAGAUCCUGCAAACACACGGGCUCGAACGAGGCAGCACUUCCCCAACCGGACCACGGGGAAUCUUCACAAAAGAGGAUGCCCUGAAUAUGCUGAAGCAAAAAGGAAGCAUGUCAGCACCGAGGGCAACAGCCGCUGCCCCUGUGCAGCCCACUUUGAAGACACCUCAAGUAGCAUCGGGUGCCCCUCCAUAUGGUAGACCAUCCACUCCACCAAUCUCCAUCCCAGGACAGCCGUUGGCUCCGGGCACAUUUACUGAAAUUCCUGCUAGUAAUGUUCGGCAAGUCAUUGCACGGAGGCUAACAGAGUCCAAGUCUACCAUCCCUCAUUCAUACGCCAGUAUUGACUGUAACAUUGAACAAGUCUUGAAGACAAAGAAGCAGCUUGCAAGAGAUGACAUCAAGGUCUCUGUGAAUGAUUUCAUUAUCAAGGCAGCUGCUGUCACACUGAAACAAAUGCCAGAUGUGAAUUCCACCUGGAGCAGUGAGGGACCUCGUCAGCUCAGCUCUGUCGACAUCUCAGUGGCUGUUGCUACAGACCGUGGCCUUGUUACACCAAUCGUCCAAGAUGCUGCCUCCAAGGGAUUAGAGGAAAUUUCCACCAUGGUCAAGGUUCUUGCAAAGAAAGCAAAAGCAGGAAAAUUACUACCCGAGGAAUACCAAGGGGGCUCCUUCAGUAUUUCCAAUUUGGGAAUGUUUGGCAUCAGCGGGUUCAGUGCCGUGAUUAACCCCCCUCAGGCCUGUAUCCUGGCCGUCGGACAGUUGCGCCACGAUCUGACAGCUUCUGAAGAUGACGAGGGUAACCCCAGCCUCCGUCGGAAGGACAUGAUGAUGGUCACUCUGUCCAGUGACGGCCGAAUUGUAGACGAUGAACUUGCUUCUCAGUUCUUAGAGAACUUCAGGCUCAACCUGGAGAACCCAAGCCGAUUGGCUUUGUUCUAGCCUGAGUCUUCUGAGCUCCAUCUUCCCAGGGAUUUGGCAUGAAGCAGAGGGGCAUCACAGAAUGCAUGGAGAGUUUAUUUUAUUGUCAGUUCUAUAAUGUUGCAGGGAACUUUUACCCUGCCCUGGGGUUACAUGUAUGCAAGGACAAAUAAAACUUAUACUGAUUAUUUAUUUCA